AUGUCUUCCUCAACUCAACAACCUGACGUUCCUGCCGAGUCUGUUCAUACCGUCCAUUUCACUUUGCCUGAUUUCUGGCAACACGCCCCCGGACUUUAUUUUAUCUGCAUUGACUCAGCCUUUUACUACGCCAAAAUUACGAAGGAGUUGUCGAAAUACCACAAACUUGUGGAGGUUCUCCCUGCCAAUAUUAUCUCACAAGUUCAACCCUUCUUAGUGAAACCCCCUUCAGACGCUCCCUAUUCUGCUCUGAAGGCGGAAAUCCUUCGUCUCACUGCUGUAUCUGACCGACAACGCUACCACCAGUUGAUCAAGGAGGAAUCACUGGUCGACCGGAAGCCCUCAGAACUUCUCCGACGAAUGCGUACUCUCUUAGGAGACAUGCAGGUCGACGAGAAACUCGUUAAAAAGAUGUUUCUAAAGCGGCUGCCUGCAGAUGUCCAAACGAUUUUGGCAUCCGGCUCGCAAGACCUUACACUUUCACAUCUUGCUGAAAUGGCAGACCGAAUGAUAGAGAUUCAACGGCUCCAGCCACCUUCCGUUGCUCAGAUUUCCACAUCUUCUUCAACGGUUAACGAGCAGUUACUGAAACAGAUGUAGGCUAUGGCGAAUGAGAUAGCCUCCCUAAAACUACAGCUUGCUCGCAUUACCUGUAGUCGCUCACCCAGCCGUCAUCGUUCACGUUCGCGACCUCGCACAGCCAAUUUGUGUUGGUAUCACGCAAACUUUGCCGUCAAGGCUCGCAAAUGUUCUUCCCCUUGUUCAUUUAAACCGAAACAAGGAAACCAGCCAGCCAGAGAAUAGACGCGACCGUUUUCUCUGGCUCUCCCAGCUCUGGUCGCACCUUUUAUGUCUGCGACAAUGUGACUCGCAGGCGUUUCCUGUUGGACACCGGAGCCCAGAUCAGCGUGGUUCCCCCCAAUCCAGUUGACCGCCGCUCUCCCAGCCCUGGUCUACAUCUCCAAGCUGCAAACUGUUCCUUCAUUUCCACUUUUGGUAGUCGUUCCCUAACGCUAAACAUUGGUUUACGUCGAUCAUUCUCCUGGAUAUUUGUGAUUGCCGAUGUGCCUCAUGCGAUCCUUGGUUCCGACUUCCUAGCCGAGUUUGAUCUCCUUGUUGACUGUCCGCGUUUCUGUCUCCUCGACCGCACAACUGGUCUUUCUGUCCGCGGUCUUACACCCUUUGAUGACUCCUGCAAUUUAUCUGUUCUGGACAUAGGUAUUGCUUGGCCAUACCAAGACCUGCUCCUCCAACACCCCAACAUAAUCAAACCCCAGUUUCGCAGUGGUGAGAUACAGUACGACGUUGUCCACCACAUUCGCACCUCUGACCCCCCAGUAUUCGCACGGCCUAGACGACUGGCUCCGUCCAGUCUGCAAGCGGCGAAGGCCGAAUUUGAGCACAUGCUGCAACUGGGCAUAAUUCGGCUGUCCGAGAGUCCAUGGGCGUCCCCUCUGCAUAUGGUGCCCAAGGCGACAUCAGACGACUGGCGGCCCUGUGGUGACUAUCGCGCCCUCAACAAUGCGACCAUCCCGGAUCGUUAUCCCGUCCCUCAUCUUCAAGAUUUGGUGGAGCUCUUUUCGGCAAAUCGGUUUUCUCGAAGAUUGACCUUGUUCGGGCCUUCCAUCAGAUUCCUGUCGCUCCUAAUGAUGUUCCCAAAACUGCCGUCACCACACCAUUUGGCUUGUUCGAAUUUAUUCGCAUACCAUUUGGUCUUCGCAAUGCUGCCCAAACAUUUCAGAGGUUCAUUGACCGAGUCCUACGUGGUCUCCCGUUUGUGUACGCCUACAUCGAUGACCUCUUGGUGGCCAGUCGAAAUGCCGAGGAACACAAAGAGCAUCUUACCUUAGUGUUUGACCGCCUCGAUCAGUUUGGCGUGGUCAUUAACCCUUCGAAGUGUGUUCUGGGUGUGCCGUCCCUUGAUUUCCCUGGUCACCAUGUCGAUGCACAAGGUUUGCGUCCCCUCUCUUCCAAGGUUGAGGCCAUUCGUGACUUUCCUCCACCAACCUCCAAGCGUCAGUUGCAACGUUUUCUUGGCAUGGUAAACUUUUAUCGCCGGUUCCUACCGAACUGUGCCGACCUUAUGCUUACACUCACCAACUUGCCCUCUGGUCCCAAGGGUCCCUUGAGUUACGUGGCCACGCGCUGACUGCUUUUGAGAGAAUAAAGACCUCCCUUGCUCACUCAUCCUGCUUCAGAAGCCCCAUUGUCCCUGAUGGUUGAUGCUUCGACCGUUGCCGUAGGAGCAGUCCUCCAGCAGCAUAUCAACGACUCGACACGACCGUUGACAUUCUUCUCCAAGAAGCUUUCACCUGCCAAUCUUCGUGGUCACUCGAUGAAGUUACGGACAACAAUGUCCAGGCUGAAUCUCCGUUCUGCAUUUUUCACGCAGAGGGUAGUGGAGAAAUGGAACGAUCUCCCUCAGUCAGUCGUGGAGGCUACAUCCCUGCAACUCUUCAAGAAACGCUUGGAUGAUUAUUUGUGUCCCCUGUUUUCCCUCGACAGUCUGAAUCUGAAUUAAUACACCUGGUCCAGACAAAUAUUUUAUCCGAGACAAUGCUACUCAAAUGAACCAAGUACUGUUUUAAUAGUGAACAUUUUUUGUUCGUGUACAGUUAUUCUAAAGAGCUGACAUGUAAUCAAUAGGGUUUUCAAAGGCUUUGCCUAUUAUCCUUACCAAAUAAACUAAAAAUAAACGUUUGGCCGUGAACUUCUUGCCAUUUACCUAGCCGUAAAACAGUUCCGACACUUCCUUGAGGGUCGUGACUUCACACUUUUCACAGACCACAAACCACUUACAUUUACCAUCCAAUCCCAUUCUGACAAAUAUAACCCGAGAAAGAUUUCUCACUUGGAUUACAUCUCGCAAUUCACCACCGACAUCCGCCACUUUGAUGGCCCGAAGAAUGCGGUGGCCGACAUGCUGUCCAGACCUUCCCUCUCGGAUUUUCACCUCCCACACGGGAUUGAUCUUGGUGCUAUGGCGGCUGAAUAACGACGUGUUGGAUGCCCUGGCGACGAGUCUGUUGACAAUCUUCAAUUAGUUGACGUCCCAUUGACCACCGGCACUGGCAUAAUCAUUUGUGACGUAUCGACUCCUUUUCAUCGUCCUUAUGUGCCUGCCUCGAUGCGUCGAGCUGUUUUCAAACUCUCCACGGACUCUCCCAUCCUGGGAUUCGAGCCUCACAGAAGCUCCUCGCGGAAAGGCUCGUAUGGCCUGGGUUGAACAAGGAUGUGAAAGCUUGGACACGAUCGUGCCUUUGCUGUGAACGUAACAAGGUUCAACGCCACAACAAGUCUCCAUCGGGCACGUUCACCAGCCCCGAUGCACGGUUCAACCAUGUGCAUCUAGAUGUCGUAGGUCCUUUACCUCCAUCCAAUGGCUAUACUCACCUUCUCACCUGCGUUGGUCGCUAUACCCGUUGGCCGGAAGCCAUUCCUUUACCGAAUGUGCAAGCUGAGACCAUUGUGAAAGCCUUCGUCAGUCGCUGGGUCGCCGUAUUCGGUGCGCCAUCCAUGUUUACGACUGAUCGAGGCGCGCAGUUUGAGUCCGCACUUUUCCAAACUCUCCUCAAAUUCCUUGGCUGCACACGUAUUCGGACGACGGCCUACCACCCAGCUGCCAACGGCAUGGUUGAGCGUUUCCACCGCCAGCUAAGAACUGCACUGCGUGCCGCAGAAGAUCCCGAAAACUGGUCAGACAAUGUACCCGUUGCACUUCUUGACAUUCGUGCGGCACUGAAGUCAGACUUGGACUGCAGCGCAGCCGAAUUGGCUUUCGGCUCUACCCUCCGACUCCCUGGUGAGAUGGUCACCCCAACCUCUCGUGGUGCCAAAUAA